AUGGUGGAAAUAUCCUUGACAUUGCCUUUAUCAAACAUGAAAAACAUACUACUUGUUCUCUGCCUUAUUACUGGCCUUGGAAUAUUUUGGUGUUUUUAUAAUGGAAAGAAUGUGUUACAGAAGAAACAAUCAAAUUACUUCGGUGAAACAUAUUUUUCUUGUCCAGAUUCAGCUGUCAGUGUUGCUGCUCCAAGACAGCCUCGCCUUGUUAACAUUCCCUUAUUAACCAAUUCAUCCAGAUCACAAAACACAAUAUCUAUUUUGCUCUGGACUAAGUUUUUUAGUACACAGUUUACCGACGAUUAUUACUUUUUCUUGCCUGGAAACGAAACAUUCUCUCGUUACAACUGUCAAUACCAAUGUACUGUUACCGCAGAUCGAAAGCUGCUUACGUCAGUAGAUGCUGUUCUCUUUCAUAUCACAAACUUUAAGUCAAAUGUGAAACUGCCGAACAAGAGGCGUCUGCAUCAACGAUGGAUUCUUUAUGGAAUAGAAGCUCCAAGACUUAUCAAGUUACCUUGGCAGAAAAUCGAUGGAUUGUUCAACUGGAUAAUGACUUAUCGUGAAGAUUCGGACAUACCGGUACGUUAUGGACACAUCUGUGAAGGAACUUUACCAGUUGAGACUCAUGACAACGAUUUCCUUGAACAGAAAGAUAAAGAUGUUGUUUGGAUC